UGGCGCCGGAAGUGGUCGCGGGCAGCUCUGCUUCCUGCCUGAGGGGCGCGGCGGGCUCGUGGCGGCCGCGGAGGCGGAAGCACUCAUGGCGGAGGGCGGCAGCCCAGACGGGCGGGCGGGGCCGGGGUCCGCAGGUCGUAAUCUGAAGGAGUGGCUGAGGGAGCAGUUUUGUGAUCAUCCACUGGAGCACUGUGAGGACACGAGGCUCCAUGAUGCAGCCUACGUCGGGGACCUCCAGACCCUAAGGAACCUGUUGCAAGAGGAGAGCUACCGGAGCCGCAUCAACGAGAAGUCUGUCUGGUGCUGUGGCUGGCUCCCCUGCACACCGUUGCGAAUCGCGGCCACUGCAGGCCAUGGGAACUGUGUGGACUUCCUUAUCCGGAAGGGGGCUGAGGUGGAUCUGGUGGACGUAAAAGGACAGACGGCCCUGUAUGUGGCUGUGGUGAACGGGCACCUAGAGAGUGCCCAGAUCCUUCUCGAAGCAGGCGCGGAUCCCAACGGAAGCCGGCACCAUCGCAGCACUCCCGUCUACCAUGCUUCUCGUGUGGGCCGGGCUGACAUCCUGAAGGCUCUCAUCAGGUAUGGGGCCGAUGUUGAUGUCAAUCACCACCUGACUCCUGAUGUCCAGCCCCGAUUCUCCCGGCGGCUCACCUCUUUGGUGGUCUGCCCCUUGUACAUCAGUGCAGCCUACCACAACCUCCAGUGCUUCCGGCUGCUCCUUCUGGCUGGAGCGAACCCCGACUUCAAUUGCAACGGUCCUGUCAACACGCAGGGGUUCUACAGGGGCUCUCCUGGGUGCGUCAUGGAUGCAGUCCUGCGUCAUGGCUGUGAGGCAGCCUUCGUGAGCCUGCUGGUGGAGUUUGGAGCCAACCUGAAUCUGGUGAAGUGGGAGUCAUUGGGUCCAGAGUCAAGAGGAAGAAGAAAGGUGGACCCCGAGGCCUUGCAGAUCUUUAAAGAGGCCAGAAGUGUUCCCAGAACACUGCUGAGUUUGUGCCGUGUGUCUGUGAGAAGAACUCUUGGCAAAUACCGGCUUCAUCUGAUUCCUUCACUGCCUCUACCAGAUCCCCUAAAGAAGUUUCUACUUCAUGAGUAGAUCUCAGUGCAGCGGUUGAUUCCAGCGAGGGAGAAGGUGAUAUGCAGGGAAGGUGGACACUGAGUCCUGCGUGCUGUGCUGCCGGCGGUACCCCGGUGGCUGUUGCUGCAGAAGAUGUCCUCGUGGACUGUCAUUCCUCCUCAGGUGCCUGGGCCUCUGAACAGUCCUUGGGUCGUCGUCAGCCCAGAGGCUCAUACAAAAGUUAUUUUUGUUUUUCCCAAGUUCUCUAUUUUGGAUUUUCAGUUGCAUAUUAAUGUAGCGGGCCAUGGAAUAUGUACACGUAGGGGCUGAGGUUGGAGGUGUAGUAAUUUCCCUGGAGGGAAGACUCCUAGCACUUCUGGAACUGUGCUUCUAUUUAUUUUUCUACUUCUCAAUUUGAUUGUUUGAUUAAAGCCUCGUAUCUAAGUGAAAAGGGAGUUUUGUAAGCAAAACAGAGGACAGAAAUGCAGUUCAUGAACUUGCUAGUUUGUUUUCCCUGCUCCUGGGGUAACAUGCACUACUGGUCCACACACCCCUUCCUUGCACUUCAGUCUUCUCUCUCUGGUCGGGUGUCGUAGUGAUUGUCUUCUUCAGGGGUGGUUUUCUGGCUGCACAGCACCUGCGGUGUUACCUGCUGUACCUCUCAUCAAGUGUCAUGAUUUUUCUGCCACUUCACCUUAGGGAGCUUCCAGUGAUUGAUUUUAGGAGGCCCACACCAAACUGCCCAGGAAAUGACUGCCUUCCUUGGGACCAAGGACUGUUCCAACAGCAUUCACUGCCAGUUCUAACAGGCGAGGAAAAUGCCCACGGCACUGUCUUCUGUCCCCUACACACACCAGAAAAUGAAAAAGGCAGUGGGUCCUCUGGAUGGUUCUAGCCUCCAGGUGCAUGGUGUCCAGUGGACAGAACAUCUGACAGUUGGUUGAUGGCUCUUUUUUGUCUCAAUAGCUGCUUCUAGAAUCUACGCAAGGGGAUAGCAGUGAGGUCAGAAGUCUUUCCCGGCCUGCUGGGAAUGGUGGCGGGGAGAGAGAUGACCUGGGUUAUCAUUGCUGAUAGCUUUGCCUGUGCGGGUGGGGCUUCCCCUUACCCAGGGCUGUGCAGCCAGGUGUGAGGGUCACUGGCAAGUGGGCAGGUGACUGUGGCCUCAGAGCUCUCCCAUGUUGCUGCUAUUUCCCAUGAAUCACAUUUUGUCAUUUGGAGCCCGUGAGGACCAUUGUAUGGAUCCAUGGUGAUUCUGGACUUCGGACAUAUUUAGGAAGGAGCAGAUUUCAAGUCUGUUUAGAUUUUCUAUAAUAAGAGAAAUCCAAUUUGUAAAAAUUGAACAAUGAUAAUGUUUUACUAAUUAGCAUCACUGUGUGUCUUAGCAGGCAGGCAGUGCCUGGCCAUUAUUGCGUUCUACAGCCCGAGGAUGGAGUUCUAUACCCCCCACCCCGUGUCACAAAUGGGCUCUGUGUGGGUCACCUCAGCUGACCCGAUUGCGUGCAGAUGGAGUCCCCAAGGGAAGAAUAGUCCUUGGGUGAGUGAGAGGGGAAAUGCAAUCCUGGAGGUGUUUCCUCAGCUGAGGUAACACUGUGAGAAGCUGUGAUGGCUGUGCAAAUGUGGGCUGUGUGCUGUUCUAAGGGGAGCUUGGGACUGGGUCCUGCUGAAGUCAGGAGGGCCUUCCCAAGAGAGGAGAGGAACCGCAGGCGGUGAGCGGCUGGGGAGGGCCAGGACAGCUGGAGCCGGGUGCUGCCGGGGCUUCAGCCCGGAAGAGGGGGUAGGUGUGUUCUUUGUGGCACCCAAAGUGGGACUAGGACUGGGGCUAGGGGCUAGGGCAGGAGCUAUAGGGAGUUAAGGAAUGAUGAUAUGGAAGUUGGAGCCACCAAAGCGGACUGGACCUUGUCACUGGAGGUCAUAGGCAGUGGCUCAUCACCCUGGUAGUGCUGAGAGGGGCUUUCAAGGAGGCUGCUUAGCUCCCUGAACUCUGGGAUCUUUCUGGGCUUACUGUUUAGCCCCUCCCACCUCAUGAGUCUCUUCUACCUGCCACACUUUGGGAUCAGGGUAGGAGAGGAGGGUGGCUUUUCUCAAGGUGAGCCAUAUUGUAGACGUGACAUGCUCUGCGUCUGCCCUACUGAGUGCUUUCUGCAGAGGCCUGGGGAGGCCUCAUCCUUCUGAUGUAGAAGGUGGCUCAGUUCUUGGACCUUUUAGGAAGCAGCACCUGGGAAUGCUGCCUCAUGGAAGUCCCAUGUAUGAGUGCGCUGGUGUGACCUUCAGGCUGCACGGAGGCGAGGACCUACGUGUGGUAGUGUGCGCAUCACGCUCCUUUGCACAGCACAGGGCUUGCUUCUGAAGGACCAGGCCACUGCCUUUGGUCUCUAGAAGGAAUGGACUGAAUGGAUCCUUGCAGAGGAGCCUCACCCAGACCUGGCCAGGGAAUGAUGUGUCUGGAAAGAGAAGGAACUGGAGGAGGGGCCUCUCGUGUUCCUUGCCUGUGGCCUGCCCUGGCUGGCCUGCGGGUGUCAAGGGUCUCAGCUUUGCAUUUGCGGAGAACAUACUCAACUUCCUCUUUGUUCAAGCCAGCCUUUGCGGAGUUUUUCAGAAUCCAAACAACUUGGAAGUUUGCUGUCUUGUUUCAUAGCUGCCAAACAUGAAUCUGAAAACAGUGUGGUAGCUGAGGGAAUUCCUCCUGGAUUUUAGUGAUACUCCCUUCACUAAAGCUCCCUUUUUCCUCUGUUGGCAAGGACAGGAAAGAGCUGCAUUCUCCACCUGAGCACUUUAUAAAAUCACCUUCCUAAGCCCUGGGGCGCCUAAGUCUUGCGACACAGGAAAUGUGGUCCUCAGUGAGGCUGCUGCCUGGCUGGCUCAGAGUCCUCCCCAGGAGAAGGGCUCAGUGGGCUGGCAGGAAGGAGCCUGAAGGUUGCCCCUGGCUGCGUCCGGGGAGUGUCUGACUGUCCUGUCACCACUGCCAGGGCAGCUGCUGGCUGUUGAACAGAGUCCUGGGCCCUGGGACUUGGCUGCUGUCAACAGAUGUGCUGGUCUGGGCUGGGCCGGGGUGUGGCGGGGGGGCAACAUUGAUACCUCUGAGAAUUCAGCUUUAGAGUCCUGGGUGAGGAGUUUUAGAUAAACCCAUCAAUAUUACCCACAUUCUGUGACUCUUUGUAUCACUCAUGUUAUUUAUUUAUUUAUUUAAUUUAUAUUCUGCCUUGUUCCAGAAAAGUGUUUAAGGCAACAAUGCUUUUUUUUGGUGUUUUCUUUUGACAUUUGGAAGUUUAAUUAAAAUGUACUUGUUAAAUAGGUAAUGUUAAAGAGAAAGGACAAUUGUUUAAAUAAGUUUUCUUUUUUCUUUUUCUAUGAAUUGAUUCUUCAAAUUAAACGUUCUUGAGAGAAAGAGAAAGAGAGGAAGAUUCAGCAGACAUAGGACUGAGGCAAGGGAGAGUCUGCUUGCGGGAGACGCUUGGCCCGUGCUGCCCUCCGUGUGGCCUUGGCCAAGUCCCUGUUCACAGUGGUGGCUCUACUUUAGACAGGGACAGGGUUUCCUGCUGUGCCUUCCCGGCGGGGUUUUGUGGGGUCACUUGGGAAAGCACCUAUGUUACACACACAGUCCCCAUGUGCGUGGAAACUGCUGUCGUGGUGACUUGUCCCUGUUCUCAGUGCAAAAGCAUUUGAGGUGAUGGCUGGAGGAGCCUGUGACCCGGGAGAUCUCAGCUGGACCAUGGGCCCCGAUGGACCAGAGUCCUUGUGGCCCGCAGCGUAGCAUGGGGACAGAGCGCUCUAUGCAGGUGAGGCGUAUGAAAACAGCAUGGUAAAUAAUUGAUGAAGUCACGUUUAUUCAACUUGAAGGAUUGUCUUUUAUUCUGAGGUUAUUUUUGUCCUGAUUUGGAUGGUAAAAUGUUCGUUUAUGUAAUGAAGGUGAAAGUGGAGGGCUAUAUUUUUGCUUUUGAAAUGCUCUUGGUUGCAAAACGAAACAUUGGCUGCCGUUUGUUAGCCCCAGAAUUUCAUCUUCAGUUCGCCUGUCUCUGAAACCCCGAAGUCAGGGAAUUGGAGUCCAGCUGUGGUGUAUGUUUACAUAUUGGUGAGAAAUUCCUCUUGGGUUCUUAAACAGCCCGUAUACUGGCAAAGAGCACUGCAGCAUUCCCACUGCCUCAUGGUCCAAGGAAAGUGGGGAGAUCACUGCGUGCGGUUUUAGGAAGUGCAAACACCUUUGGGGAUGGGCCUCUGGCUACCCCUUGAUCCGUGAGACAUACUCACAGGAAGUUGGUGUGGCCUUCGGUGAGGACUGUCCCCCUUAACCUGGGCCCUGGGAGCCUGUGGCCCCCUGUAUGUUGGUGAUGACACUAGUGUGGGUCUUCUGGCUCUGGGGCUGCAGCUUCUGCCUCCUCACCUGGCCAUCUGCACUCAGCAGGCAGGCCUGGCCUCCAGGACCUCCGCCAGCUCGGAUCACUAUCCUGGAAGUACCUGUUUGGGCCACAUGACCUCCUUUCUCACUUAGGCCUCACUUCCUUCGUCCCCUCCAAACCCGAAUCUCUCAGUGUAGAAUGAAAUAGUUUAGGUGGUUCCAUGAUGCAAGUUGGUGGGAUUCAUGUCCUAGGAGAAUCCACAGAGAGGAAUGUUUAGAUUUUGAAGUGCACGGUGACGUGUGGAAUAAAUACUAUAAAUGCUCAGCAGACAGUGGGAUGGAGAAGUGAAUUGGGCAGAAGGGGCUUCUGUUGCCUUGACAUGUGAUUGCUCAGUGCCUGGAAUGCAGGCGAGUCUCUGAUUUCAGGGUCUCUUAGAUAUACUUGGUAGCACAUGAAUGUCCAUAAAACCAGUUUGAGAAUGGCGUUUAUGAACAAGCCGUCUCAUGUGUGCAGUUGCUGCUGUAAUUGAGCUGGCAGUGCCCUGCCCUGCGGUGUCUGCACAGCUCCCACUGCUUCUCUUUGCUGUUGGGCAUGCGAGGCAUGACUUGCAGGGGGGCCUGGUGCCUGGGGACCUGCUGAAGAGAAUGCUUGCCACCGGCCCUCUGUCUCCCUUUCUGCUUUGGUCAUGGAUGUGUUUGCCUGCAGUGGCUGGGACCUUGACUGUUUCUGCCCUUGUGCCUAGUUAAGAGCUUUCAAAAGCAUAAUGGACAUUUUUGAUAUGCUCUUGUAACUUUAAUAAAUGCUUUAUUUCCCUCUAAUUCCCCCAAAAUGCCUUAAUUUUGUGGACUGUUUAUUUCAACAGGUGGAAGUGUUGGUCAUAUGAAAUCGGUGUGCACAUUUCAAGAAGGGAGUUCUUUUUUCUUUCUAUGGAAAGUUUCAAGUGAUAAGGUAGAAAGAAGGACUCUGAAGCAGGAGUUUUUAACUGCUCUAAGGGAACUUGGGGCUCCAGGCACGUACCCCAAAUGCUGCCCAGGUUGAAACUCCCUGACUGUUUUACUCAGUGGCUUGUUGUUUCCAGUUUGAAGAGAGUUGUGCCCCUAAAAGUGUUUGAAACCUGUGGAUUUCAAGCAAGGUGCCAUUGUUCCCCUAGUGUUCUGUGGGAUGGGAAGUGAUGGAGACUGUGGGCAAGCCUGUUGUUUUUGGCCCCCUCUUACAUGGGACCUGUUUUGACAGUGGGAGGGUGAGAUGUGAAAAUUCGGGAUGAACCUGGAAUGAAUGGACUAAAUAAAGACGUGCAUUCAUCUGUCAGCGA